CUCUAUCAUCAUCAUUGUGCCAAUAGCCACUGACAUAAGUCAUCAUUGAACAUCUAUUUGCCUUCUUCUGCACAGAUUCACACAUCUAGUCUGAUUAAAUUUAAUUUGUAUUGCAAAAAUAUUACUUAUAGCAUUGCGAGUAAAAUACUCUUUAAUAAAUGCGACUUUAUAUUACUUUUGUUCAAAACCUCUAAUUUGAAAUAACAGAGUCUUACUAUUUCAUCAUAAUUCUUGUUAUUGUCUUUAAAUUAAUAAUAGGAUACUUCAACAAAAAAGUUUUUUUUUUUUUUUUUUUUUUUGUGUUUCAAAAAUAAAAAGGCCACAAGUAUAAAUACUUGUAUGUGUGUGUAGUAGUCCUUGUAUAUAUAAUCAUAGGUUCUGAAUCUUUCUGACGUAUCCUACAAAAAUUGUAUUGCACUAGCCAAAGGAAAAAAGCUGUAACUCCUCUGCUACAAAAGCAAACACCCCAUUUCUCUUCUUUUUGUCCCCCCCACCACCACGCCUUACCCCAACAACACAUUCAAACCCCAGAGCAAGAAAAACCUAUAUCCUUUCUUUUGGAUUCCAAAAGGAAAGAAAAAGUAAACUCGUUUGGUUCUUCAGAGAAGAAAAGGAGAGUAAAAAGAUGAGUGGUGAAAAAGAAGACGGUUUAGGUUUGAGCCUGAGCUUAGGAAUGAGUUGCCCUCAAAAUAAUCUCACUUCAUCAUCAACUCCUCCUUUCCCUUUGAAUCUCUUGCCCUUCAUGGCCCAUCAUCAAAAUUCUUCAGAUGUUUUUGCAGGGAGAAAUGAUGAGGAACGAGAAAGUAUGAGAAGGGAAAUAGAUAUGAAUGAACCAGCAAGGAUGAUAGAUUGUGAUGAUGUUGAUGAUGAAGAAGAAGAUAAUCAAGUGAUAAUGGUUUCGUCACCUAACAGCACUGUUUCGAGUGUUAGUGGGAAAAGGAGUCAUGACAGAGAAGAGAACCCCACCAGCUCUCUGGAGGAAGACGGCGGCGAUGCGGCGGCCAGGAAGAAACUCCGGUUGUCCAAGGAGCAAGCUGCCGUUCUUGAAGAGACAUUUAAGGAGCAUAACACUCUUAAUCCGAAGCAAAAGUUGGCUCUGGCGAAACAGCUGAAUCUCAGGCCAAGACAAGUGGAGGUGUGGUUUCAGAACAGGAGGGCAAGGACCAAGUUGAAGCAAACAGAGGUUGAUUGUGAAUACUUGAAGCGUUGCUGUGAGAAUCUGACAGAGGAAAACAGGCGUCUGCAGAAGGAAGUUAGUGAGCUUAGAGCAUUGAAACUUUCUCCACAAUUGUACAUGAACAUGAGCCCUCCCACCACCCUUACCAUGUGCCCUCAGUGUGAGCGCGUGGCAGUUUCGUCGUCCUCAUCCUCGGCAGCCUCUUCUUCAGUAACCGGAGCUAGUGCCUCUCGUUCACACCAUCACCAGGUAGGCGCCCUCCACCAACAGCCAGUGCCCCUUAACAAACCGUGGGCUGCAAUUCUCUCCCCUAAACCACUCAACAUGCAACGGCCGGAAAUGUAAUUUACUCUUGUUGUGAGGAUGAAGAAGUGAUUGAACUCUUUUUGGAGCCAAACGGAUAGACAAAGGGUAGUGAAAAGUGGUCCAGAUAGGGUAGGGAGAAAAGUGUUAAUAGAGUAGAAGAUUGAAUGAGAUGAUUACAAGAGAAUCUGAGUUGUUUUAUUUUUGUUUGGGUUCUCUUUAGUUGAUGAAUGAUUAAUGUUCGAAAAAGUUGGAUGUAAUGUGGGGUUUGAAAGGAACAGUUGUUGAAUUUGUUCAUUUCAUUUUGUGUAGGAAAAUGGUUAUUUAAAUGGGAAGACAUAA